AUGUUUAACACUAUUUACUAAUAUAUAUUAGAUUAUCAUAAGGAGAUAACAUAUAUAGAUACUAACUCCUAAAUUGAGUAUUUAUUAAUAAAAGAGAUACCUAAAAAUGCACAGUUAUGUAGGAUUAAAUAAAUUGAGAUUGAAUAUAAUAAACUAUCUUUUAAUGAAGCUUUCAAACAGUACUUAUCUCCCCAAAUUUCAAUGCAUGUAAUUUUUGAUCAAAUCUUAUCGGAUAACUUUAUUUAGAAAUAUAAAGAAGAGAAUACCCUAGAAGAGCUUAUGAAAUUAAAAAUUUUACAACAACAACUUAGAAAUCUUGUUUGAGAUAAUAAUUAAAAUCCAAUAGCAAACUUUUUAGUGCUUCUUGUAAUCAUGUCUAAUUAAAAUUGUUGUUUGUACAUAAUAUUGUACAAGAGCAAAUAAUUAAAUUAUACAUAUAUUGAAAAAGAUGAUCUAACUAAUAAAGAAUUUUGGUGAAGUUAAAAAUUUAAAAAGCAGAUACUUGGUUUUUGAGAUGUAAAUAUGUUGGUCAUAAAUCUCAUAUAGCAGAAUGAUUUGA